AUGCCAUCCGUACCAGAUACUUACCAGCGGUAUAAGCGAGCACGCUUUAAACACGAUGCUGGAUUCAAAAUUAGAAACUUCAUACAGAGGAUCAUAUCUGCAGCGUAUCCUUAUACCAAAGUAGUGCUACCGAACUUCAGGGCCGUUCAUUACUUUUACAUUCUCAUGCAUUGCUUCAUUGGUUCGAUUUUGAUAUAUCCCGUCAAAACAAUACCGUAUAUUGAUUCUUUGUUUUUCGCAAGUGGAGCAUCUACUCAAGCUGGGCUUAAUACCUAUGAUGGUAACCUCAUAUCCCUAUAUCAGCAAAUCAUCUUGUACCUUAUACCGACGUUCACAAAUCCCAUCUUCAUUCAUGGGUCAUUACUUUUGGUUCGAUUAUACUACUUUGAGCGGCAUUUUGACAAUAUAAAGGAGAAUUCAAAGUUGAACUUCCAAAUGCGAAAGUCGGCAACUUUAGCUAGACAGAAUACCAUAGCUUCUGCUAAUUCUACUAGAAUGAAUACUGCAAACAACAAAGACUUGGGAUAUAACCAUAGAGAUGCCGAAGUUGAUAGCCCGCAGUCCUCAACUCUGGUUCCUGGAAAUGGGUUACAUAACAACAACGGCAAGGUUGAACACAUGUCAGAGCCUUCUGAUGAAGAGGCUUAUCAUCCCGACAACGAGAGCCCUACUGUCCAACAUGGAGAAACAACAGCUCACGCAAUCAAGUUCGGUGCUUUGCCGCAUCCAAAAAGAAAAAAGUCCAUCGAUCCGGAGGAUAUGUAUCGCUCUAUCAAUAUGCUUAGAGAGAAGCAAAAUUCCCUGCAUAAUGGACAGGGUGAUAAUCGUGGUGGUAAUCUAGAUGACACCCAUGAAAUCUCACCCCCUCAGAGCACAAGCAUUCACUUCGCUGACAUAGCUUCGCCCAGUAGACGCAGAAGAUCGCAAACGCCGAGAUCAGAAAGUCAAAGUCCUCAUCACGGUGAUGGUGAUGGUGAUGGCGAUGAUAAUGAUGAUGAUAUUCUCGUUAUCAAACCACCCAAUGAAAUUGAAGACUCUGCUAGUCACAAUGCCAUAUUUACUAAGAAGAAGCUUCCGAAAUCAAUUCAAAAAAGAAGGUCUCUGUGGAUUCCCUUGACGACUCGAAAACCGUAUAAACCGUGGAAGAAUAGACUAAGAAAGACUCUUUCAAACUCAAGUCGCAAGAGGCGAUCACGGGCAUCGUCAGGCAUAGAAGAUGAAGAUGAGGAUGAUGAUGCAUCAAUAGAUUCUGAAGUUGAGGAGAGUAAUAUUUCUGGUGAUGAUAUGACACGAUUCGAUGGACAAAGUGGUGCUGAAAAUGAUAUUGAUGAUACUGACGAUAACAAUGAUGAUGACCAGGACUAUGAUGGUGAGAUUGAUGAAGAUGCAAUCACUGAUGACGACCGUGAAGAAGAAGAUCCAACAGCAACCAAUCUGGCGUGUCGCACAAGACAGGAUUCAACAGCAGAUGGUGCUGACGAAGGAACUACAACCAGAAUACUCAAAUUUGACCACUCACUUCCAAACUUCACCGACAAGAAAAAAGAGAGAAGAAGAAAGAAACGUUUUAAACAGCUCGAUAGAAUAAGAACCCCCACUAUUUCACGUUUUUCAAGCGAGACUGCCGCCAAUGAUGAUCAUGAUUCAGAUGAUAGUGAGGAAUCGGCAAUACAUUUACAAAGUGGUACAAGUGGUGGUCUUGCACGUACCAUUAGUAGUGGAAACUAUUUAUCUUUUGCGCCAACAGUGGGCAGGAACUCGACCUUUAUGAAAAUGACCGAAGAACAGAAAGACGAGUUGGGAGGUAUAGAGUAUAGAGCUGUGAAGUUGCUUAUUAAGAUUUUAGUAUGUUACUAUCUUGGUUUCUUGAUAGUAUCUUCCUUUAUGUUUUUGAUUUGGGUUUACUGCAUGCCUCAUUAUAAGAGCCUAUUGAAUGAUCUUGGCAUCAGUCCAGGGUGGUGGGCGUUUUAUACGGCGCAAUCAUCAUUUAAUGAUUUGGGAUUAACGUUGACGCCAGAUUCGAUGAAUUCAUUUCAUGAAAACGCAUUUGUGCAAAUCCUUUGUUCUUUUUUAAUCGUGAUUGGUAAUACUGGGUUUCCCGUGCUCUUGCGGUUUAUCAUAUGGGUAUUGUUCAAGCUAGCACCAGAAUUAUCCUUAUUCAGAGAGUCGUUGGGGUUUUUAUUGGAUCAUCCACGUCGUUGUUUUACUUUACUUUUCCCCCUGAUUCCUACUUGGUGGUUAUUCUUUAUUUUGGUCGCACUUAACGGGUUUGAUUUGGUGAUUUGGUGUAUUAUAGACCUUAACAAUGAAAUAUUUGACGGAGUGCCCAAAGGCUACCGAGUUUUGAAUGGGUUGUUUCAAGCCUUUUGUACCAGAACCGUUGGAUUUUCAAUUGUUGACUUGUCUAAAUUACAUGCUGCUACGCAGGUGAGUUAUUUGGUGAUGAUGUAUAUUUCCGUCUUGCCCAUUGCCAUUUCGGUCAGAAGAACCAAUGUUUAUGAGGAGCAAAGUUUAGGUGUAUACACGAAGGAAGGUGAGGAUGCCGAUGAAAACGCACCAUCGAAUUACGUCGGUGCGCAUUUGCGUAACCAAUUGUCUUAUGAUUUAUGGUAUAUAUUUCUCGGGUUGUUUGUUAUUUGUAUUGCUGAGGGAAAGAAGUUACAAAAGCAAGAUCCCAGAUUCCUGGUUUUUGCAAUUUUAUUUGAAAUUAUUAGUGCUUAUGGUACGGUAGGAAUGUCGCUUGGAUACCCUGAUGUUAACACAUCAUUGUCUGGGAAAUUUAAUGUCAUUUCGAAAUUAGUCAUUAUUGCAAUGAUGAUCAGAGGCAGACAUAGAGGUUUGCCAUAUGCUAUUGAUAGAGCUAUUUUGUUGCCUAAUGCCGAGAUGAAUCGUCAUGAUUUAGUACAAGAGAGGCACGCCACUAACAGACAAUUUAGUGUUGACCACAAUAAUACAUUGGCUAAAGUGGCAACUUUUGCAAGAGGUGGCCCCAUCGAUGGUGGCGACAAUAUUCUCAGCAGAGUUUUGACAAAUGUGAGUCACUUCAGGAAUAAACGGAAACAAAAGAGAGAGGCCACCCUCAGUAAUAUCAAUGCAAGUACUAGCGAGAACGAGCAUUCCUUACAUUCAAGUAAUCCAAACUAUCUAGUCACGACAGUGAGUCAUGUAUAA